AAUACCCUCCAUUUUCCACUCUAUUUCCCCCUUUUGGUACAACCUGCUCGUGCUUAACCAGAAGCUUUCCCAUCCGUGUGAUGUAGGAUCCCAGGGUUUUCUACAAUCCCACGAACCGCAAGAUUUUUCCUUUCUUCUUACUUCUCUCGGUCUCAUAUUGUGUUGCUUAAACAUUGUCUGGUUCCUUGAGUUGGUCCAGCAGCUAAGUUUCUGGUCUUGUAUUCAAGUAUGUUUUUCUGGUUCUGAUCUGACAUUUGUAUUGGUUUUAUGGACUUCAUUUUUCGCUGUUGUUUGUCGUGACAGUUGAGUUUGCUUUUUUGCAAGUGUAGAGGCAGUUGGGAUGUGUAUGAGAUGGUGGGUGGAUUAAAUUUGAGUUUAAUUGACUACUUGAGGAGCUGUGCGAAGAGGGUUUUGGGUUUUGGCAAUCCAGUUGCUGGGGGUCAUUGCAAGAGUUGGGUUUUUCAGUCAUUCAAUGGGCUCACUAUAGUCGGUUCCUUUUUGUGCUUUGUUUUGGCCAUGGUUUGUGGUUUUGUGUAUGUGUUCCCAGUUUCUCGUGCAGUUGUCGAUAAUUAUGGGCCUUCUGAGUCCAGUGAUUUGACUUAUGGGACUCCUGAUCGCACUGAUAUGAGUGGUGAAUGCAAUGUUUAUGAUGGGAGAUGGGUGCCUGAUGAGAGUUACCCUUUAUACAAUGCAUCAGAGUGUCCUUUCGCUGAACGGGGCUUUAAUUGUUUGGCAAAUGGGCGGAAGGACAAAGGGUAUCUUAAAUGGAGGUGGAAGCCGAAGGAUUGUGAUAUUUCAAGGUUUAAUGUUGAGAUUGUUUUGGAAAGACUUCGUGGGAAACGGGUUGUAUUUGUUGGUGAUUCUUUGAGUAGAACUCAAUGGGAGUCUAUGAUAUGUAUGCUCAUGACUGGUGUGAAGGACAAGAGGAGUGUGUAUGAAGUUAAUGGGAAUAAGAUAACCAAGAGGAUUAGGCAUUUAGGCGUUCGGUUUAGUUCAUUCAAUUUUACUGUAGAGUUUUACCGUUCAGUUUUCUUGGUGCAGCCUGGCUCUGUACCUAAACGUGCACCAAAGAGGGUUAAAUCAACACUUAAACUUGAUGUGCUGGAUGAUAUCAGCAAAGAGUGGAUUGAUUCUGAUGUUUUGAUAUUUAAUUCUGGGCAUUGGUGGACACCAGGGAAGCUUUUCGAAAUGGGUUGCUAUUUCCAGGAUGGUGGAAGGAUGAAGCUCGGAAUGCCAAUUACUGCUGCCUUUGAAACAGCAUUAUCCACUUGGGCAUCCUGGAUUGAGAAUAUGGUAGACACAAAUAGGACACGAGUAUUCUUUCGGACUUUUGAGUCCUCACAUUGGAGUGGUCGAACACGGCAGACGUGCAAAGUAACUCGACGGCCUUCAUCAAAAAUCAAAGGCAAGGAGCGAAGCCCGUUCUCAGACAUCAUACUGAAUGUGGUGAAGAAUUUGUCAGUUCCAGUAGAGGUACUUCAUGUUACUCCCAUGAGUGCACUCCGAAGGGAUGCACAUGUGGGUACCUGGAGUGACAAUCCAUCAGUCCCUGAUUGUAGCCAUUGGUGCUUGCCUGGUCUGCCUGAUACGUGGAAUGAACUUAUUUUCUCUUAUCUGCUUCCAGAGCAGAGGCUUUCCCUUCGUUGAAGUGGUAACUUUUUUGAUUUGUCAUCAGAGAGGACAAUUGGGAAUAUUGAGAAGCGAAAAGACCUCUAUUACUUGUCAAAUGUUGGUUCUCCUUCAAAUCCAAAGUCACUUACUGAUUUUUCUUUGAUUUCUAAUUCUAAAGUUCUGUUGUGGCAUCAUAGAUUAGGCCAGCCAAUUUCUCUUAUUUAAAUCAUAUGUACUCUCAUUUGUUCGUUAAUAAAAAUCCUUCAUCAUUUCAGUGUGAUCAUUGUAUUAUUGCCAAACAAACUCAUGCAUUUUAUCUACCUCACAUAUACAAACCUUUUACUUCAUUUCAUUUAAUUCAUAGUGAUGUAUGGGGACCAUCACAAGUGUUAAAUUUAACCAGGGAAACAAUGGUUUGUUACCAUUAUUGAUGAACAUACUCGGGUAUGUUGGGUUUACUUAAUGAGAGAAAUUCGA